AUGGAUUACCUGCUGUACCUCAAGCAGCUUUUUAAGUCUCUGCAUAUUUCGGAUGCAGAGUGGGAGGACAUGUUGGAGGGCUUUGAUGAGCGGGGUUACCUGAGCGCUCGGCGCUGGAAGCCUGGUGACGACCCGUACACCCUGUACGCUUUCAACCAGAGAGAGAGCGAACGCAUCCCCAGCAACCGAGCCCUGAGAGAUACCAGACACUACAGGUGCACCACUCUUCACUACGACUCGGAUCUUCCUCCGACCUCCAUCAUCAUCACCUUCCACAACGAGGCCAGAUCUACCCUGCUUCGCACCAUCAAGAGCGUUUUAAACAGGACUCCAGUCCACCUCAUCCAUGAGAUCAUUCUGGUGGAUGACUUCAGUGACGACGAAAGUGACUGCCAGCUUCUCACCAAACUGCCCAAAGUAAAAUGUCUUCGCAACAAGAAGAGAGAAGGUCUGAUCAGGUCCAGAGUGCGGGGUGCUGAUGCUGCGAGGGCCAGAGUGCUCACCUUCCUGGACAGCCACUGUGAGGUCAACAAGGACUGGCUGCCCCCGCUCCUGCAGAGGAUCAAACAGGACUCGACUCGUGUGGUCAGCCCGGUCAUCGACAUCAUCAACAUGGAUACUUUUGCCUAUGUGGCAGCCUCUGCUGAUCUCCGUGGAGGUUUUGAUUGGAGUCUCCAUUUUAAGUGGGAGCAGUUGUCGUCUGAACAGAGAACCCGACGGACCGACCCGACACAGCCAAUCAAGACUCCCAUCAUCGCAGGUGGGCUCUUUGUGAUUGACAGGUCCUGGUUCAAUCACCUCGGCAAAUACGACACCGCCAUGGACAUCUGGGGCGGCGAGAACUUUGAGAUCUCGUUCCGGGUGUGGCAGUGUGGCGGCAGUCUGGAGAUCCUGCCCUGCAGCAGAGUGGGUCACGUCUUCAGGAAGAAACACCCCUAUGUCUUUCCUGAGGGCAACGCCAACACAUACAUCAAGAACACACGUCGCACAGCCGAGGUGUGGAUGGACGACUUCCGCCUCUUUUACUACUCUGCUCGCCCGGCAGCACGAGGCAAAUCCUACGGAGAUAUCCGAGGCAGAGUGGAACUUCGCAAGAAGCUCAAGUGCAAAUCCUUCAAGUGGUACUUGGACAAUGUCUACCCAGAGCUCAAGGUCCCAGACGACUCGGACUCACAGUCGGGGGUGAUCAGACAGAGGCAGAACUGUCUGGAGUCUCGCAGGGUGGAGGGCCAGGACAUGCCCGUCCUCACGUUAGCCCCCUGCAUAGGAACAGAGGGGGUCCCAGCCAUCAACCAGGAGUGGGUGUACACUCAUGGGCAGCAGAUCCGUCAGCAGCAGCACUGCUUGUCUCUGUCCACCACCUUCCCUGCCUCCCAGGUCCUGCUGCUGCCCUGCAACAUGGCGGAUGGCAAGCAGCGGUGGCAGAAGUCAGGGACUCACCUGGAGCACCUCGUGUCUCGGUUCUGCCUGGACUCGGAGAUGGCUCUGGACGGGAUGGACUCCUCCCGGAUGCUGGUGAUCAGCCCCUGCGAACUGAGCGCUUACACACAGAGAUGGGAGGUGCCCUUCUCCUGACCCCCGACCCCCAGAGCUUUCACCUCCAGAAACCUGCCCUGUCACACCCAUUCUGCGCCUGAAAGACCUGGGCAGAGUCAGCUGCUCGCACAGACUGAACAUGCAUGAGCAAUCAUGUCACGGUGCUGCGUCGAGGAUAUUGGAACAGAAAGAUGAUGAAGACUUCCAGAGUUUUUUUCCAAGGCCCUUCACUGUUAGAGUGAAAAGAAAUUGAGAACAUUGUCAGGUAUAAAAUCCUGAUUUAUUAAUGAGGUGCGCUGGAUCGAAAUACUAGCUGGAGGAGGGAAGGCAUCAAAAAUGAGCGCUCUGUUUUGCCUGGAGAUUCAAGUAUCUAUUUUUAAGGCUGUUAAAAAGUUUGGUGGAGAGUUAAACUAAGUGCACCUUAAAACCCUGAACUGUCAAAGAGUCGAGGUGGACAGAAACGUUGCUUGGGGGAAAAAAAUUCAGUCAGAGAAUGUGUCAUGUAAUCUUUUGCAAUGAAAGUGUCUGUUUUUGAGGCUGUUUAAGAAUUUGGGAAUUAAAACCAAGCACAACUCAAGGUUUUAGUUUACUUGGUCGAAUACCUGUCACUGUCUUUACUGCAUCCUGGUAGCAUCCUCACUGGGACGUAAUCAGAGGUCAGUCCUAUGAAGCAGGACUGGAGGUUAGCCAGAUAACUUCAGGUUUAACUCUGGGUUUUCAGAAACUCGACAGUCGUUAACUUCUUAGGGGGUAACUUAUGCUGAACCCCUAACCUGCUCCAGAGCAGCAGAUGUUGGAGAUAAACGAUCAACGUGUAUUGAUCAUCAGUUCUCUUGGAAAAUGGCAUCACCAGUCGUAGCAGCUCAUGUGGAGCUGAGUGAACGGAUAGUGAGUGUUUCUUAGGAAGGGGAGACUAAACUCUUUUCUGACCCUGAUGAGCACAGACAUGAGAGAUGUAGAUUCUCAGUGGAGGGACCUUCAAUCUUCCUUGAAUUAUAUAUAUAUUGAUUUACAUCGACAGCAAGACAUUUCAAAACCAUCUCAUCCUUCUGUGUUUGUAGCAAUACCAUCCUAAAACAAAGACUGAUUGAAGCACUAAAGUCUAGUACUUGUUGAGCUUACAAGAUUUGCAGUAAACCUACUCAGAGGUUUGGAUUCUGUUUAAAUAUUUGUUCUUUACUUGAACCAAAGACUGUUCAACACCACCAGAGUUGCAGCUGAAAGAAUAAGUCUUAGAUUGACUUACGCACCAGUAGAACAGAAGAACAGGCCCCACCAUUGUAAACAGAUGUACUUGUGCCUUAAUGAUGAGGCAGUGAAACCGAUAAGCCUGUUCACGUCGCGUUCACACAGUCAAUAUUUUCACAGUCUUUCUUGCUUUGGCUGCUGCAGCUGUCAUGCUUUUGGCUUCUAUUGUAAUUCCUCAUACUGGUUUGGGAUUAUGGUUUGUUCUUCUUGUGAUAUGUAAACUACUCUAAACCUGUCACCACAUCACCCCUUCUAUAGAUGUAUACACUCAUAGUUUGAUUUAGAGACUCUGGUUUGACUUCAUGAGUUGAUAACCAGCAUUACAUGGCCGCUAAGUGUCACUGUGUUUGUUAGGUUUACUGAAGCUGGAUAACAAAAAGAUAUCCUGACUCUGUUGAACCUGCUUCGUAGCACAGGCCUCUGAAACGCAGUUCAGUAAAACUCAUGUAAGUUGACAAACAGCACAAAAUCCCU